AUGGAGAAGGCAACAGCAGUUCUCAAUGAGCUUUUCAACAAGGAUCCAAAUGUGAGGCAGUUGCUGUCGCCUUCGCAGGAGGAGUUGCGUGGAUUGAACGACGCCAUUGGCCGUGUGCGCCCCAAAUACACAAUGGACCCAACUAACCAUGAGGUUGUCUUUGAGUAUGCGCGUCUGCUGAUCUCGCAUUCUCGCGCCUCGUACAUUGAAGAGGGCGUGCGCCUCGUUGAGUCGCUGAUAUGCGCGGCGUGGAAACAACAGUGGGAUGGCGCGGCGCACACGCAGCUGGACGAGGCGGUCCGGCUGGCUGGCGAGCCGGAGUUGCCCCACUCGGACAUCCCACGGGGUGAAGUGCACGUGUCAGCCUCCGCCCCUCCCGAAGGCCUGCAGGAUGGCGAUGUGGCGGCGACAGAUAGCAAGACGGGGCGGAGAAACAUCAGGCCCACCGCCGACAUUGCUAUCCACUACUACUACCUCGCGUUGGGCUGGAUCAAGCUUCACGACUACGAAAAGGCGUUAACAUCCGUUAAUCAGAUGCUUCGACUCGAACCACAACACCGCCAGGGGAUCGCACUAAAACACUACAUUGAUGCGGAGGUGAAACAGACACUGACGGCGACAGGGUUGGCGGGAGUUGGCAUCAUUGCUGCCGUCGCGGUGGUGGUGGGUGCGCUGCUGCGAAAGUCCUAA